UCGAGGUUGAAGUGCGCCAUUUUGGCUCAAACAAAGUCAGAAACAUUUUUAUCUUCGAUGAAGUAUUUUAAAUUGUAGCCAUAUAAAAGGAUGUAAAAGUCUACAGGGCAGCAUUCUGGUUUCCAUUAAAUUCUUAUUUGAUGCUUAUGUAACUUUUUCUUGUUUUUAUGUAGCGUUAGUGAGCUAAAAGUAAUGAUUAAGAUCCUCAGCUGAGCUUCUUUGCACAGCCCAAGCCCAGCUAUCUUCUUGACGUUUUGCUAAAUUUAGCUUCUCUGUUUUGUUUUUAACCUUCACUAUGGGAGGCUGUUCUGCACCAAACUGCUCCAAUUCAACCAGUAUAGGUAAACAGCUGUUUAGGUUCCCUAAAGACCCGGUCAGGAAGAAGAAAUGGGUUGUGAACUGUCGACGUGACUUCGAGCCAACUCCUCACUCCAGACUCUGUCAGGACCACUUUGAGAACAGCCAGUUUGAGGAGAUAGCGAGGUCUCCAGCUGGGGGAAAGAAGCUGAAGCCAAAUGCCAUCCCUACUCUGUUCAGCAUCGGAGACCCUCCUUACCCAGCAGUCACUACUUCAUACAUCUUGCUGCCCAUGAAACCUGAGCCAGUGGAGAAGGAGCUGAGUUUCGGGGACCACGGCUAUGCCAGACGCACCCCUCUCCCUGGCCUGGAGGAGGAUGCGGAUGGGACUGCAGAGGACCAGCAGCCCUGCACACAGUGUCACCUCCUCAAGAAACAGCUGGAGCAGGAGAUGCAGCACACUGCGAGGCUACAGAAGGAGGCAGAGGAGAUGAAGAAGCGUCUGUAUCGGCUCGACCGGAUCGAGAAGGGCCUCCAGAACUUCCUGUACGAGGACCAGAUCCGCGCCCUGUCGCUCACCAAACGCUCCCGUCGCGCCGUCUGGUCUCCGGAGACCAUCCUGAAGGCCCGAAAGAUCCGCUGUGCGGUCGGCACGAAAGGCUACGAGUACUUGAGGGAGCUGGGGUACCCUCUGCCUUCCUACAGGACUCUGUGUAACCGCCUGGAGACUAAGAUCAUGGUGACGACCGACAUGAGCUGCGAGGAGCUGGCAGAGCUGGGCCUGGGGCUCAUGGCCACAUGUGACAGUCCCACAGAAGGCGUCGGGGACAACGACGAGGAGGAACUCAUACGUGUAUUGGGCUGACCGUGGCAGUUUGCGUGAAAACUACAGACAACUGAAAGACUUAAGCGUCAAUAUAAAUGUAUGCUUCGCUUGACAGAGACUGCGAGCUGACUCCGGGUUGUGAUCUGCACCACUAAGACUUGGCUUUGCUCAACCGAUGUGAGAUGCUGGGGCUCGCAGUUAGCCGAGGUUUACGCUUACGGUGUUUCUUACCAUGAUGAAGAUGCUGCAGCAUGUGAGGAGCUGUACGACGCAGUCUGUGACUAAGAAGACUACCGUGGAGUGUGGGAUUGUGUGGACAGUGUGGACAUAAUUUGCACUUUGCUUGUGUUCACAGCUAAUUUAACGCGUUUCACUGACGGUGUUUACAGGCACAAUAAAACCCUGGAAGUACUCCGGAUACUCAAAUGAACUGAGAGCAAAUAAACUCCUAUCCCGGGUUAGGUAGCUUGAGUAUUCUGAUACUACGAGGACUAUGGCAUGUAUAAACUGUUUCCUGUACAUUAUGCAAGCUUUAUUUUUUUGUUAGAAUUCACCCAAAGUAUUUAUGACACCUAUGAUAGAAGUGAGAGUAUAAAAAGAGGUUUGCAUUUAAACAUAAUCAGAGCGGUUUGGUCUCUGACUUUGCUGUUUGAAUCUACAAAUCAUUCAAAUGCUGUCAGCAAAAUUAGGGGUGAUAUCCUUAAUUCAUGUAGCCUAUUUUGAUCACAUUUGCAAAACAGAAACCUUUGGUAACGAAUUUUAGAAUUUAUUGGGGGGGAGCACACCCUUAAAAGUGUGUAUAGACAACGAGGAAAUAAAAGUAAGCCCUCCUUUGGUAAUAGUGUGAUUCUACACUAGAUAGGUUGUAAAUUUCUGGCUUGAAGUGUUCAGACUUGCGGUGCAGUUGUAUUUAUCACAAAGGGUAUCAAAAAGAGCUCAGGCUAGUCACAGCACAUUCAGUAUCCAAAACAACACUGGCACUGUGAGAAAAUAAAGUGAUUGUGAAGAAUUA